UCCACUUGGCAGGAUGACUGAAAUCUAUGUGCGACACGUGGAACUGUUGGGAUUUGAGAAACGAUUCUAUCCAAGCCAGCACUAUGUGUACAUGUUCCUAGUGAAAUGGAGUGACCAGUCAGAGAAACUGAUCUACAGGAAAUACCCUGAGAUCCACGCUUUCCAUAAAACCUUGAAAGAGAUGUUUCCCAUUGAGGCGGGGGAGAUCGACGCCAAAGACAGAAUCAUUCCUUCUCUACCAGCUCCAAAAUGGUUGGAUAACCACAAAACGACAGAGACCAGACAAAGUACUCUCGCGGAGUACAUCCGCUCCCUCCUGAACCUGCCGACAAAGAUUUCCCGCUGCCUGCUGGUCCGCAAUUUCUUCAAAGUCCGACCCGAGGAUGAGAAUCCGCCCGCACCUCAUCCAUUCAAAAGAAAUGAAACCUACGUUAUGUCUAAGGAUAAGGCAAGAGGAAUCACAACAGAUAUCACUGGUCCAAUUAUGCUGGAGAGUUAUAGAGCGAUUGCUGACUAUACCAAAAGCUCAAAAUACGAGCUCAAUUUAAAAGCUGGAGACUUGGUGGACAUUGUGGAGAAGAGCCAAAAUGGAUGGUGGUUCUGUCAGUGUGAGAACCACAGAGGCUGGGCUCCAGCUGCAUACCUGGAACCAUUGGAUGAUCCCAAUGAAGCCGAGGAACCUGAGCCGAACUAUGCAGGAGAGCUCUACAAAACAAUUAAAGCAUACACAGCUGUAGAGAAGGAUGAGAUGACGCUUGAAGCAGGAGAAACCAUCGAAGUCAUUCAUAAACUCCUAGACGGUUGGUGGGUGGUCAGAAAAGGGGAGGAGACUGGCUAUUUCCCGUCAAUGUUCCUCCAUAAAACAGGGGAGAAAAGGGAGGUGGAUGAGGAGAACAUCAUGCGGAGGAAGACUCCACCACCAAGGAGAAGCACCAUACGUAACGCCCAGAGCAUCCACGCCAAAGGCCGUCAGAGAAUCAGUCAGGAUACCUAUCGCAGGAACAGUCGCCGUUUCUUGCAGGAUCGAGGGAGACCGGUUUCUCAGCUAAAGAAAAACUCCAGGACGCCCGGUUUGUCCCCUCUGCGAGAGAGGAAGACCAACGGAGAAAAUGCCCCAAAACCAGAACCAACCAGUCCCAACGAUGAUCUCAAAAAGAAGGAGACAACACCAAUCAUUCCCCCUCGACCUAGCCCCGAACUGAUCAUGGAACGCUGCACAGAGAACACGCGGAGGAAGAUCAGCAUCCGAAACUCCAGCUGAAUGGAACGAUCAUCGCUCGGACCAUAUCGGGCAUUAACGCUGUACGCUGGUGUCAUUUAAACUGCAAUGGAAACAGUAUUAAAGUUGUGCUCUCUGUCACAAUAUAGAAUCGUACACAGAGAGCA